UUCUCCCACGGACAUUAUCUCAUCAAAGUAUCAAAUAUCAAUCACAUACCAAUGUACCAUAGUUCAAGACCGACAUUGUCUGCUACCUAAAUAAACCUUGUUUUUCUAGGUUUUCUCCAAUCCAACACCGCCAUUGAUUGUUCAAGAAAACCACACCGAUCAUGGAGAUUGAAGCGAAGGAGCGUGAACUCGCUCUGCUUCGCAAUUCCAUCGCCGCCAAGGAGCGGGAGUACUGCGACAUCUGGCAGAGCACGGAGGACCGGAGCAUGGAACUCAUGGCCAUGGAUGAGACGCUGAAAUCGGUACAGAAUCAGAUUGUCGAGUGCGAGAGGAAUUUGAGAUUGAAGGAGGAGGAUUGCAGCUGGAAAUUCGAGAUGAUGGACAAGUUAAUCAGUGAGCGUGAGAUAGCAAUCGAGAUGUACGGUGUAGAUCUCGGCGCGAAGGAAACUAGGCUUUGCGUGGUUGAAGGGUUGAUUAGGGAGCGGGAGCAGGAGCUUCAGGCGAAGCAGAUUGAGUUACGGAAUAUUGACAAGGAGCUCAGGGUGAAGGUGAAGGAGAAGGAGUUCUGUGAAUUUUCGGUGAGAGUUGCUGACUGUAAUGAAGAGGGAGAGCUUGAUUUGAUGCAGAGGUUGAAGCAAUUUGAAGGAAGAGUCAAGGAGAUUGGAUUGAGGGAGAAGCAAUUUGAAGGACAAGCCAAGGAGAUUGAGUUGAGGGAGAAGCAAUUACAAGGUCAAGCCAAGGAGCUCGAGUCCAAAGAGAAGCAAUUUGAACAACAGUUGAAGGAAUUUGAUUCAAAACAGAAGAAAUUUGAAGGGAAAAUGAAGCAGUUUGAAAAAGAACAGAAGCAGUUUAGGGGACAAGUGAAGGCGCAUUCGUCAAAAGAGAAAAAGCUUGAAAAAUUGGAAUCAAAAGAGAAGAAGUUUGAAGGAAGAGUGAAGGAGAUUGAAUUGAGGGAGAAGCAAUUUGAAGGUCAAGUGAAGGAGUUAGAAUCAAAAGAGAAGCACUUGGAAGGACAGCUGCAGGAGCUCGAAUCAAAACGGAAGCAAUUUGAAGAACAAUUGAAGGAAUUUGAUUCAAAACAGAAGCAUUUUGAAGGACAAAUGAAGCAGUUUGAAACAGAACAGAAGCAGUUUAGGGGACAAGUGAAGGCGCAUUCGUCAAAAGAGAAAAAGCUUGAGUCAAAAGAGAAGCAAGUGCAGGAGCUUAAGGCAAAGGAGAAACAGUUUGAGGUGCGAGCAAAAGAGCUUGAAUCAAAAGAGAAGGAAUUUGAAGGACAAGUGAAGGAUCUUGAGUCCCAAAAGAAUCAAUAUGCAGCACAAAUGAAGGAAAUUGAGUCAAGAGAGGCAAUGCUUAAUGAGCAACUGGAGGGGCACAAGUCAAAAGAGAACCAGUUGGAAGCACAAAUGAAGGAUCUUGAGUAUGAAUGGAACCUUUAUGAAGAAAAACUGAAGGAGCUUGAGUUGAAAGAGAAGCAGAUUGAGGAUCUUGAGUCCAAAAGGAAUCAAUUUGAAGAAAAACUGAAGGAGCUUGAGUUGAAAGAAGCUCAGUUUAGUGUGCAGCUGAAGGAGCUUAAAUCAAAAGAGAAGCAGUUUGAGGAUCUUGAGUCCAAAAGGGAUCAAUAUGAAGCACAAGUGAAGGAGCUUGGGCUAAAAGAGAUGCAGUUUAGGCUGGCACUCAAGAAGCUUGAGUCAGAAGAAAACCAGUUUGAAGGAAGACUGAAGGAUCUUCAGUCAAAACAAAAUCAAUUUGGAAGGCAACAGAAGGAGCUUGAAUUAAAAGAGAAGCGAUGUGAAUUAUUAAGAAAAUCAUUUGAAGAGGGAAAAUUGUUGAAAGAGAAGUCCAGUAUCCUCCUUCAUCAAGUGAAGGCUGAGCCUCAGGAUUUUUCAGACGACGACAGUGUAAGCAAAUAUAAUCAGUUAACAAGUCCAACCACCUCUGAUGGAAGAAAUUUGCAGUUUCUCUCAAAUGAGCCCGAGUUGAUUGGCAAUGACAUUUUAGAUUGUCUCCAAACAUCAGCAGAUCCAGCAGCACUUGUUUUGGAUAUAAUUCAGAACCCUAUUGUUCCACAGGACAGGAAUGGAAAUGAAGGCAUAAUUAUUGAUGAGAGCCACAUCAUGCUCUUAGAUCAGUUGAUGAGAAUCUCACCAUCACUGCGUAUUAAUCCCGACAUAAGGGAUGUGGCAAAAAAGCUAGCAACUGAUUUGAAAGCGAACAUGAACCCAUGCGAUGAAAAUUCUUUGGUGGUUCUGGGUUUUCUACUGCUUUUGUCUAAUUAUGGAUUAGUUUCUCACUUCAAUGAAGAUGAAGUUUUCAAGCUUCUUGAAUUUGCUGCUCAGCACAAGCAAGCAAUAGAGCUGUUUCGGACCCUUGGUUUUGGAGAUAAAAUCACGGAUUUUGUUCAGAAUCUUGUUGAGAAGAAGCAGUACGUUGAUGCUGCUAGAUUCAUUUGUGCAUAUAAGCUGGCUGACAAGAUAAACCCAAUUGAUCUCUUGCGGUUCGAAAUAUCGAGAGCAGAACGGAUUUCCAAAAAAAUCAAAAAGAAGUCCAUCGAGCAAAAGGUUAGGUGCAAAGAACUAGAACUUGGCAUUCUGAGGAAGGUUCUACAGUGCAUUUCAGAUAAUAAUCUAGGAUCUCAUCAGGAUCUAGUUAACUCAGUUCAAGAUCGCAUUCUUUUGCUAGAAAGGCGGAAGGAAGAACUUACUGUGCUAGCAAAGCAGAAGGAAGAACUUUGUCGUCUUGUAUCAAAGCUUUCCUCCGCACUUGAAGUGCACCAAACUGAAGAAAAGAAAUGUGCCUACAAAGAAUUUACCGAAAAUCAAGUGCAUCAACCUGAAGAUAAGAUCAGUGCAGAUAUCGCAGUCACUGAUAAUCAAGUUAAAGUGCAACAACCUAAAGAAAAGGAGAGUGCACGUGGAGCAGUCACUGAGAAUCAUGUUAAAGUGCAACAACCAGAAGCACAGAAGCCUGCCGACAUAGCAGUCACCAUGAAUCAAGUUCAAGGGCAACAACCUGAAGAAAAUAUAUCUACGAAUGAAGCAGUCACCAUGAAUCAAGUUCGAGUUGAGCAACCUCAGGAGAAGAAACGUCCUAUUGAAGCAGUGCCCAAUGAUCAUCAAUUACAUCAGUGGGGUAUCAACAACAAACGUCCUCGGACAGGUGCAACACACUCUCUGCCUCGUGUCUUCACUUCUCAUUACCAACAUACCUUUUGUCCUAGUGGAAUGCCUGCACCGUUUGGACUUCCCCCAAACUAUUAUGGUGCUACUGGCGGAGCAGAUUACUUUUGUCACCCUAGGCCUUACCCACCUUUCAGAUGACCUUGUGAAUGUGCAUUUAUAGCGUGUUUAGUCUGCAGUUGGGAGCCCUAUAAUCACUUGGGUGCAGCAUCUCGAGUUCUGUAUCCACAACCAAUACUAACGCUCUAUAAUGGUGUAGUGUUGUUGUGCUUGUGAAUUGUAGAUUUUGCUUAGGUUGGUUAGCCCCAUCUUUAUGGAUUGUAAGAUUAAUAAAUUUAGAGUAAAGUACACUCACCCCCCUCAAGUUUUGUUAGAAUAACACUCCACCUCAUUCUUAUAUAAAAUCUACACCCCACCCCAUUUUAUAUA